AUGUCAACAACCGAGAACACAACAACAGUUAUAGUCCAUGAAGCUAUAAAUGAAGAAUAUGAGUGGGUUCAGUUUAACAAACAACUCCGUCUCAUUCGUUCGGUCAAAGACGAUAUGUACCAAAUGCAAAGUAUUUUGACAGCAUGUUUUGCUCCAGAUACUAAGCUUCCUAAAGACUGGUUUAGGAACCAAAGCACACAAGAACUUUUGAGUGAAGCACAGCGAGACAUACUUUUUUCUGAAAACAGUGAAGCACAGCGAGUGGGUAUAAAACCCCAGUCGCCAAAACUCUAUGAAAAUCGUGAAAAAUUGCCAAACGGUUUGAGAGGAUAUUAUGUACAUAGACUUCUUGUAAAUGCUGUUGCAAUGUGGGCUUCGCCUCGUUAUGCUUGGAAUAUUUACAGACUUCUUGACGAAAUUCAUAGACAAGAACGUGAAGAGCUAGAGAACAAGCUUGAAGCAAAAGACAAAAGCAUUCAGAAAAGAAUACCACGUUCGGUACCAAAAGGAAAGGAAAAGAACUAUAAGUAUAUGAUUUAUACUGAAGAGAUGGAAAAUGAAGAAGACAGAGAUAUGGUUAUGUUGCAUUUAGUCAGAAGAAACAACAAAAGCUUUUACGACCUUGCUAAGAUUUACAAAUCUGACAGAAAUUGGUUCUAUCGCGAAAACUUACCGAUUUCAAUGACACCGAAUGAAGAUGUGAAACAAAUAGUUCAAGAUACGUUACCUCAAACACACUAUGAUAUGAAAGGUUGUACAAUACUUACCUUCAAAGAAGAUUUGCCAUUGUUAAAGGAAAAAAUAACAGAGUAUUUUGACAACUUCAAACAAGUAGGGUAG